AUGGGGAGGUGGAUACAUCGGAGCCAGCUUUGCACUCGACUUCGCCGGCGGUACUGUCGUACACAUAUCCUCAGGAUUCUCUGCAUGGCGGGAGCCCUGAUACUUGGCCGAAGACUCGGCUAUGGCAAGGUUCCCAUGGAGCCACACAACGUUCCAAUGGUUGUACUUGGUGCAUCCAUUCUAUGGUUCGGUUGGUUCGGCUUUAAUGCGGGAAGCCAGGUUAUGGUCGACGGAGUCACCGUAAGCGCUUGGGUAGUGACUAACCUCGCUACUGGAGUAUCUGCUGUUACAUGGCUGCUGAUGUCUUGGGCGCAUACAGGCAAACCAAGCAUUGUAGGUGCUGCAACCGGAGCGGUUGCGGGUCUUGUUGCAAUCACGCCAGCAUCUGGCUGGGUUGGACCAAUGGCCGCAAUCAUCAUAGGAACUGCAGCCGGCACAAUAUGCUAUGCCAGCGUUGCCUUCAAGAAUGCACGCAAAUGGGACGAUGCUCUGGAUGUAUGGGGAGUACACGGAAUGGGCGGCCUUACGGGCGCUAUUCUUACAGGUACCCUUGCCAGUCCGCACAUAUGGGAUACCGGUGACGGUAUUGGUGCGUGGACCGGAACACCAGAGGGCAUGGAACAGCAAGGAAUCAGCAUCCUAGGCGCCAUCAUCUCCGUAGCAUACGCGUUCUCCGUUACCCUAGUGAUACUGAAGGUAAUGGAUCUCGUAUGGCCAGGUGGAAUCAGAGUCACUCCUAAAGAAGAGGAGAUCGGCCUUGAUCUUGCCCAGCACGGAGAAAGAGCAUACGUAAACGAGUAA